AUGAAGAGCCCGGCCGAGGACGCGGGCGGGGGGCGGCGGAGCGCGGCCGGGGGCAGCGACGGCCCCCCCGGCGUCCCCUUCCCGUCCCUGGCAGACGCGGCUCCGGAGGGCGGCGGGGAGGCGGUGCAGCUGAAGGUGCCGGCGCUGCAGCAGCUCUACCACUGGGACUGCGGGCUGGCCUGCUCCAGGAUGGCGCUGCGGUACCUGAACCUGCUGAAUGACGAUGACUUCCAGAGAGCCGUCCAGGACCUCCAGUUGACCAAAAGUAUCUGGACGAUUGACUUGGCGUACCUCAUGCGUCACUUUGGGGUGAAGCAUCGGUUCUGUACCCAAACGCUGGGCGUGGACAAGGGCUAUAAAAACCAGUCCUUCUAUAGAAAACACUUUGACACAGAGGAAAACCGAGUAAACCAGCUGUUUGCCCAAGCGAAGGCCUGCAAGGUGCUGGUGGAGAAAUGCACAGUGACCGUCCAGGACAUACAGGAACACCUGUCCCAGGGCCACAUCGCCAUCGUGCUGGUGAACGCAGUCCUGCUGUUGUGCGACCUCUGCUCCAGCCCGGUCAAAUAUUGCUGCUUCCUCCCGAUCGGCCAGAAGUGCUUCUGCAGGAGUCCUGACUACCAGGGCCAUUUCAUUGUCUUGUGUGGCUACAACAAAGCUCUGGGGUGUAUUUAUUACAACAAUCCUGCCUACGCGGACCGCACGUGCAGCACCAGCAUCCAUAACUUUGAGGAAGCCAGGACAAGUUACGGCACAGAUGAGGACAUCCUGUUUAUUUACCAAAAUAGCUGACCCUCCAGCUCGGUGCUCCCAGUUCAUCGCUGGCAGCCGGUUCACUGCCCUCGUGGCAGCCAUCUCAGGACUUGGAGACGUUCGCCCCCAGACUGCGACGGGUUGUGGGCAAAGGAGGCAUUAGGCGCAAGGGGACAGACGGGAGGACAUAUUUUAUGCCACCUUAAGGAAUGUGUUCCUGAAGCGGGAUGCCCAUUACUGUAAGAAGUAAUGAAAUGCGUUUUUCGGUUGGGGUCUGUCCAUGGACCCCAGUGAUUUUGCCCAGGGUUCUGACUCUAGCCCCGAAUAAAAAUCUUGCCGCCCCCCCCCCCCCCCGGUAAGAAUGGACUGCUGAAACAAAAUUAAAAUGACUGAACUCUGUUCUGAGGCUACAACCAAAUCCAGUUGGGUUGCCCAGUUCUAAGUAUACAUCCCCCCCCCCCCCCGCCACCACCAUUAUUUGGGAUUCCCUCCCGACUCGACUUGGUUCUUUUUAUCUGCUCUGGCAAGCUCUUUGCCUGCUUUAGGGCCAGGCUGUUGCCCCAUGAAAAAGCUAAUCUGUGCAUUUUUACAUUCUGCAUAUUGGAAAAGUUUUUGAGAUCAGAAUGUCUUUUCACAGGAAUAAAACUCAAAGACAAUCCAGCUUCAUGAAAAUGAAUUGCAAAACAA